AUGGGUAUUGGCAUGGCAUUGAACCUUCAGAACCACCUGGCAGCCAAUGGUCUGCCACCCCUUCGGUACAGCAACCGAACGCUUUCUCGAGGCGACGCCCUCCGAGACGUCGGUGGUCUACCAGAGCGGGACUUUGAAACCCUGGUGCUCAAGUCGACAAUUUCAAACGAUGACGUACUUGACAGUUUAGUGUCAAAGGCGCUAGGAGCAUGGAGUGGCGCUUUGCUGGAAGGGAAGAUAUGGGUUGACACUUCAACUGUCCAUCCAGAUACAAGUGAAAAGUGUUCUGAGCGUCUCGCCAAGGCAGGCGCCAUGUUCAUAUCUUCACCAGUAUUCGGCGCCAGCCCCAUGGCAGCCGCGGGGAAGCUAAUAUUCGCUAUGGCCGGGCCUAUCGCCGCAGUUAGUAGGAUACGCCCGUACAUUAUCGAUGUCAUGGGUAAAAGCAUUAUCGAUAUGGGCGAGGACGUUCGAAAAUCCAGCCUGCUCAAGAUAUCAGGCAAUAUCUUUGUCAUUGGCUUACAGGAGCUUACCGCGGAGGCUCAAGUAUUUGCAGAAAAGACGGGGCUCAGUACCCGCCAGAUGGAGCAGUUCAUCAGCGAUAUGUACGGUCCCGUCAUUGAGAGCUACUCCAAACGCAUGACAACGGGUGCUUAUGCCCCGCCACUCGGAACAGCCCCAGGCUUUUCUGUGACGCUAGCCGCUAAAGACGCUGGACACGCCGUCAGGAUUGCUCAGGAACACGGGACUCGGAUCCCAACUAUUGAAACAGCAUUAUCUCGUAUGGAGACCGCACGAGGGUUUGCAGGUGAUUCACUGGAUAGCUCAUCAGUCUAUGGAGCUGCUCGGCUGGAAGCUGGUUUGCCGUUUUGGAAUGAGACUAGCCGUCAAUCGAAUUAA